AUGGAAGACGAAGAUAGAUUUAUACCAAAUGAAUUGGUUGCAUUUAAUGGAUGGGAUGAAACAAAUACAUUCUUUACUCCACAAAUAAUCCAGUUGUUCAAAGAUACCCUGACACGCAAUGAGACAAAGAUAUCAUUCCAACAAUCAUUCAAGUUGAUGGAUGUAUAUAAUGGAUUGGCUGGAACUGCUUUGACUUAUUUGCAUAGAUACUUCUUGGAUCAAACAAAUAGACAGAUGUUGACAAAGGCUAGAGAGUUAUAUAAUAAGGCAUUGGAAUCGGAUGGUUUUAGUAAGGCUAGUUAUGAAGAUAUCUCAAUGUUGAUAGGACGUCAUGGUGUCUUUACAGUGGGCGCAAUCAUAAUGUUCUACGAAGGAAACACAGAGGAGUGCACAACAAUGUUAAACAAGUUGUUGGGCCAGUUUGGUCCAAUCUCACAACUGGCCGCAUGGUACCCGCAUGAGCUACUCUAUGGCAAGUCUGGCUAUCUCCAGUGUCUAUUGUAUUGCAAGCGAUACAUCCCCAAGGAACACACUCGCAUGCUCAAUGGCCGCAUCGUCGAGCUGGUCAAUGUGAUCAUCAAACAUGGCAAGAACUUCUCCGAGGAAAAGGAGUCUGCAUCGCCUCUGAUGUACGAGUGGCAUGAGUCCCAGUACCUUGGCGGUGCACACGGUCUCAGUGGCAUACUCUAUCAGCUGAUGGAGGCGCUGGACAUGUUCCCCACCGAGUUAAAGACCGAGGAGCACGUCAGUAUGAUCCGUGGCACGAUGGACUUUAUAAGCAAGCGUCAGUUGCCCUCAGGCAACUACCCAUCACGUCCAGAGAAUGAACACGAUCGACUCAUGCAGUGGUGUCAUGGCGCGCCUGGCGUCAUCCCAACUUUGUUACGUGCGGCCACCUUCUUUGAUGACGGAGGAUUCCGCGUGACCAAUGACUACCUGGCACGCGCUGAGAUGGCCAGCGAGGCCGUCUGGACCUACGGCGUCCUGACAAAGGGCGUUGGUCUGUGCCACGGUAUCUCGGGCAAUGCCUACUCAUUCCUCUUGCUCUACAUGCACACGAGAUACAAGAAGUACUUGUAUCAAUGCGUGGAGUUCCUCAAACUAUGCUGCAACAAUGACUUCCUUGAGCAACUCAAGACGCCCGACCAUCCCAACUCACUCUUUGAAGGACGUGGAGGACUAGUCUGGAUACUCAGCGAUGUCAUUGCCCUCUCUCGCAUGAUCGACAGCACUGGAAACCUUCCUGAGACACUUCCAUACCUUGACAUCAAGUUCCCAACAUACUAA